GACGGAGGGCAUAUGCCAGACUCUGUAUUACCGGCUGUUCGUGUCAUAAGAGUACGGUGGUGCCGUCCUCGUUUCAUCGUUUUACUUCACGCACUUACCGUGGAAUUACGGCUCUUGGUGACUAAGGCCAUGAAUGUAAAAUUUCGUGCAAUCCCAUAUUUGAUGAUCUUUGUCCUUUGAUCGCAACCACCAAACCUGCACCUGCCUCAUAGUUUACCGUUGAUCAAGAUCCAAAUUUCUGCAUCAUGAGAUUCUUGUGUCUCUGCGGAGCCUACGGAAGCUCAGACAAAUUCCAGGUCCAGCUAGCUCCUCUUGUCAACGAGCUGCGCUCCGACGAUACUGCCGAGCUACAUUUCAUUCACGGGCCGGUACAAGCAUUUCCGCCAGACGGAUUUGAAGAAUUUUUUGGACUGGGUCCAUACUUUCGAUUCAUUGAGCCUUACAAAGGCGAGGACGGCGAGAACGAUGUGCUCGAUAGAAUCCGAAACUUCCCAGAGGGUGCGACUGCCGAGGAUCAAAUGCGCGAGCUCAUGAAGUUCGAUGCCUCGGCCGCCGUGGAGAUCCCCACUGAUGGGAGCUGGGGAGCAAACCAGAGCGCACAAGAUGCUAUCGACUAUCUAUACAACAUUAUGGAAAAGGAUGGUCCAUUCGAUGGGAUCAUUGGGUAUUCGGAGGGAGCCACUGUUGCUGCAACACUCCUGUUGCAUGAACAACGGAGAUUCGAAACUCAAGGUAUCCCGACCAUGUUCAAAUGCGCCCUCUUUUUCGCAGGAUGGCCACCCAUGAGCCCUGAUCUAGAUUCUAUUGUCCUUGCAGACGAGUCUGAUUUGACCAUAACUAUUCCGACCUGCCACAUUAUUGGAUCUUUGGACCCGUAUCUCGCAGGAUCUAUCGCCCUUUACAACAUCUGCGAUUUAGAUAAUGCGUACCUCUUUGAUCAUGCCAAGGGCCAUACUUUGCCACGAGACAAGGAGACCGUGAGAGAGCUCGGAGAUAUCGUCCGCACCAUGAUUGCUAAUAUAAAUGAUUCCUCGGACUCCGAUUGUUAAAUUUAUUAUUCAAGAUGAGGUGGAGUUACUUUCGCGUCGGGCACUUUUGGCGCUCGAUUGAAAUCAUUCUGUCAAGUGAUAUGGAGUUUACAGAUUGGC